AUGCGUGCCCGGCCCUCUCCCUCCCAAAUCACCGCCUCAGCCUUGUCCUCCCCCAACUCUCCCCACACCCCCAUCGCCGGCGCCUACAGCCGCUCUCUCGCCUCCCUCUACGGCUCCCCCAGCUCGCUCAUGCACCGGGACGAGAACUUCCUCGUCCUGGAAUUCGGAAGCCGCUACUUGCGGGUCGGCUUCGGUGGCGAGCAUGCGCAUCGGGUCGCCAUGACGUUCGGCCCCGAAGAUGAGCGGCGCGUUGGGGACUUCCGGCCGUGGCUGCCGGGGUAUCGGGAGGAUGGGCCUGUUUCACUGGAGGCGCAGGGGUGGGGGAACGAGUAUGAGCUGUGGGAUAUGGAUACGAGAGAGUUGGACCUCGAUCUGGUGCGGGAUAAGAUCGAGCGCGCGGUACGCUUGGCUGAGAGGACGAAUUUGAUGUUGGACCUGCUUCCGAGGAAGAUGACGGUGGUUCUCCCUUCGGUCUUCCCCCGGCCGCUCCUCUCGGUGGUGUUGUCCACGCUAUUCAGCUCGAUCCAAGUUCCGAGCAUCAGUAUUAUUUCCUCCUCGAUCGCGACGGCGAUCGGGGCAGGGGUGCGGUCUUGUCUGGUAGUGGACGUGGGUUGGGCGGAGACGCGCAUCACGUCGGUGGCGGAGUACCGAGAGAUUACACAUUCACGGAGCGUGCGAGCCGGGAAGAGAGUGUUGCGGGAGUUGGCGAAGUUGUUGAACGAGCAGGUGUCGAAGCGGUUCGCGGACGGUCAAUCGGAGUCGGGGAAGUGUCCUACAUUGGGUCUCAAUGAGGCGGAAGAAGUCCUAUACCGGCUCGGUUGGUGUCGACAGCUGGCUGACGCUCGAAGCGCUUCCAAAGCCAAUCUUUCAAAUGACGAAACGGACCUUCCCCGGAGCGACAUUGAAAUCACGACGACGGAUCCGCCAGUCACCCUUCAAAUACCUUUUCAAGACAUUGCAGCUGCAAUAGAAUCGGCACUGUUUGCUCAUGGCUCUGCUACCAAAGACCUUGAUGACCACGAACAAUCCAUCCAGUUAGCAAUAUUCCGCUCCUUGCUAGCCCUGCCGAUUGAUGUGCGCAAGAUAUGCAUGUCUCGGAUCAUUGUCACCGGCGGUAUCGCAAACGUCCCUGGAUUGAAGCGAAGGAUCAAGCAAGAGCUGGAAUAUUUGAUUCAGACGCGUGGAUGGGACCCCGUGGGCGACUAUGGCAAAGGGAGACCUCGUCGGCCAAGAACUACGAACAAAAAUCCCACGCCGUCCCCGGGUGCCACGAAACCAACUCCGACAGACAACGACUCUGCUUCAGAAGAAGAAUACAUCCCUCCCGCCCACCGCACCCCCGACCCCGACCCCAUCGCCUUAUCCAUCCAAAAUCGCCGCGCCGCGACCGCCCCGAUCCAAGGGAUGCUUCGCCUCGUCGAGACGCAAGGCGCCUGGAGCGGCGCUAGCCUCCUUGCGUUCCUGCGCGUCAAAGGCGUCGUCGAGGUCGACAGGGACCGGUUCCUCAAGGAAGGGCUGGCGGGCUACGCGAAGGACAAGGACGCCGAUGGGGGACCUACAAGAAAAAGCUUUGGGCCUGGGAUCGGGGCGGCGGGGGAGAGGGGAAAGUGGUCGUUGGGGAUGUGGGCGUAG